AUGGAUAUGGCGAUUGAAACUACGCGUAGAGCAGCGAAAUAUUUUCUAAAAUUGGAGCUGAAGGAGAAAGAUAUUUCGGCCGUAAAAACGAAAACUUGCAGCGGACACGCGGUCCGAUGCUUCGCCGGCGGGCCGCGUAAAAGCAACGAGUCGCAGUGUCCGAUGCUGCAGAGAAUCGAGAAGCCAGUGCUAUCGACGGCGACGACGCCGUCGAUGACGUCGUCGACGACAAAGCAGAUGACGACGACAACGACGCUCGUGCGCAAUCAUCUGAACAGCACGUGCAGUGUCACCAAUUCACCGCAUCAGAAGAAGCUGCGUUUCCAUCUGGCGAAGGAGCGGAAAGCCAGCACCACUCUGGGCAUCAUCAUGGGUGCCUUCAUCGGCUGCUGGCUACCAUUUUUCCUACUGGCGCUGGUCAAACCGUUUCUCGAGGAUCCGGACGCCAUUCCGUCCUUCCUCUCGGAUCUUUUCCUGUGGCUUGGCUAUUGCAAUAGCCUGCUGAACCCAAUCAUCUACGCGAUCCUCAACAAGGACUUCCGCAAGCCCUUCCGCGAGAUACUUUUCUUCCGCUGCAGCAAUCUCAAUCAUAUGAUGCGCGAGGAGUUUUACCAGAGCCAGUAUGGCGAUCCGGUUAAUAACUACGAGAUCAAAGCUGGCUGCAGCGGCGGCGGCGGUGCGGAGAGCGCCGAGAGCGCGGAACACGAGGAUGGUAAUCAGGGCAUCGUCGAGUCGAUGGACAUCACCGGCGCGCCCGACGAGAGCUUCCUAUGAUCCGAGGAGCGUUCCUCGUCGUUCAUCGAGGACCGUAAUAUUCGACGGAGACCGCCGUCCUGCUGUAUCGAGCCCCUCCACAUCGCCAUCGAUCUCACCAACGGCACACAAAAUGAGAUCCUUUUAUGAUCGAUCACGAUCGAUGAGAAUCGCGAGGACGAUGUCGCGCGUUAUCGUCAUUGUCGUCGUCCCGAGAGGAUGACGGGAUGGUUUUUAUUCCGCGACCGCGUGACGAGCGCAUUGCGUAGGGAUGUCUCUCGAGAGAUCCUCCUGUGAUCCGAUCAACAGCGCCUGUGUGAUCUUAACGCCGUUAUAAGAGAUUGGCCGAAAAAAAAAAGAGAGAAAUAAAUAGAUAACUACUACGCGAUCAUAGUUGUGCCGAUAAAUUCAAAAUCUCACGUAAGAACUCUAUCAGUGUGUGACUCGAAGUUGAGGAGCGAUUUCCGGUCGCGAGAAAAAUAUUUUCAUUGAUUUAACUCAAAUUUAUUCACACCAAAGAUAAUUGAAGAGCUUAUUUUCAUAUGGUCUUAAUUUCAUACUUUUUAAACACUGAGAGCAUAUAGUGUGUGUUAUAAAGUGUGUUAUAUAUAUAUAUAUAUAUAUAUAUAUAUAUAUAUAUAU